AUGUCCCGCGCGGACCAGCGGGACGAGUCGGACUGCGUGUGUUCGGUCGGGAUGAAGCUCACCUGGGACAUCAACGACCCCAAACUGCCUCAGGACUUGAAGCUCUUUGACUCGUUCCAGGAGUGGACCGAUGGCUAUGUUCGCUACAUCUACAGCGGUGAGGAUAAGAACGCUCAGCGCCACCUAUCUGGCUGGGCCAUGAGGAACACCAACAACCAUAACUGUCAAAUCCUGAAGAAGUCCUGUUUGGGGGUGGUGGUCUGCUCUCGAGGUUGCACCCUGCCAGAUGGAUCCAGACUGCAACUCCGUCCUGCCAUCUGUGACAAGGCCCGGCAGAAACAGCAGAAGAAGGUGUGUCCAAACUGCUCUGCUGCCCUGGAGCUACUGCCCUGCCGGGGUCACAGCGGCUAUCCCGUGACCAACUUCUGGAGGGUGGAUGGCAAGGCCAUCUUCUUCCAGGCCAAAGGGGUCCACGAUCAUCCAAGACCAGAAUCUAAGUCUGAAACGGAAGCCAGAAGAAGUUCAGUGAAAAGACGAGUCAGCUCGCCACCGUUCACUCCCAAACGACGACUCAUUGACCCGCAGGCUAUUGGCCCCGCCCUUCUCUGUGUUGAACCAGCAGAUCGAAUUUCGUUCAUUGAGCCAAGCUUCUCUCAGCAUUACCCAGCAUUCCAAAGCCCAGAGCCCUACUACAACCCCCACAAUGCACUGGGAGAGCCCCCACCCACUCUUCAGAAAGCAGCCAACCCCAGACUGUACAUGAGCCGACCGGGCUAUGAGUUUCAAGGAUACCUGAGCUCACCUUCAUACCCUGUGACCUCUGACCUCUGCGAUCCCAG